ACCAUUGUACUAUGUAUCCAUCAACUGGCCCCACGGUGACUCAAAAAUCGUCCAAAUCUUUACUCAUUUCUUGAAACCUCAGAUAUGUACAAUGUAAACGCCUUGGCAACUCGAUAUCUAACUUGGGAUGAGCCCAAUGUGGUGAACCUUGUGACGACCGGCAAUCGCGCAAUCGACAGUUGGAGCUUCGCAGACGUUCGGAAGGGAAUCUACUACACACAGCCAGGUCAUAAUUUUACCGUAGCGGUGAAGACCUUGAGACCAUCGCUUUUGUCAGACACAGUGCGUCUCGCGAGAAAAACCAUACGGCGAGAGGCAAAAGUUUGGAGCACGCUGAAUCACCCCAAUGUGGCUCAAUUCAUCGGUGUGUGUUGCCAGGAUGACGGACUUCGACCUUUCCCGCGUCCUCGAAGCAUGUGCCUUCACAACGAGCCAUAUAAAAGCGGUCGGCAUGUUAAGUUACAUGGCGCGCGAGUUGAUGAAUCCCACAUCAACAGCACCGCUACCCACUGCAAUCAGAUAUCUGGUCGGCAGGAUUGACAGGUCGAGAUAUUUUAUCUGACAUCAUGGCGUACGUCGAUAAGAAUGGGGAUGGCGAACCAAUCUGUUGUAUUGGUCGAGGGGAAAUACCCAAUCUGGGUCUUUACCGUCGAGUACCAGGUGGGACAUGGUCAAUGCUGAUGGCCUGCUGAGUAAAUGAGGGAAUACGACCUGCUCUCUCCGAAUUGAUCAGGUACUUGGAUAACAACUAUCCUAGUUUGCAGUAAGCUACAACUGUAGAGCUGUUUUAUAUGUAGAUACAGAACGUCCCUCACUACAUUGGUUACAACACGGACUUGUUGAAUAAUACUAUAGGUUUUGCUUUGCGUCAA